AGCGCUGGUGACACUUUAUGGCAGUCCACACUAAUUCUGCUUUAAGGUUCCUUUGGAAAAAGAGAAAACAGGUUUUGAUAGAACUGUCCAAUGAAAUUAGCCUAUGCUAAUGAGAUGGAGGAGGAAGACAGGCAUGAGGUAUAGAGAAGAAGAAAGAGCAGAAGAGACAGAGAAAGAGAACCUGCUGACAUGCUUUGUCGAAUGAUUGGAAUGGUUCUACAUUUGGAUGAGCGACGUUCAUUCAGCUCUCACCCAUGGUCUUCCAUGAUCGGGAUAUGUGCAAUCACAGUUUUUCUCAAUGCAGCUGGCAGCAUGGGGAUGCAGCUGACCUCUACUGGUCCUCAGACCGUCCAGAGGGCCCAGGGGGAGAGAAUUACCCUGGUGUGUACAUACACACCUGACCCCUCGGACACUGGAGAGCUGGAUAUUGAGUGGUCAGUGGUCAGCCCAGAUACCACCCAGAAGGACCAACUGCUGUUGUCCUAUGCAGGUGGGAAUAAGUACAUCCAUGGUAACCCUGGUCUAACUAAGGGGCUGGACUUUGCUGCUGGCGACCCUUCCCUGGGUGAUGCAUCCCUCUCCAUCGCUUUCCUGUCACCAACCCAUUCUGCCACCUACCAGUGUAAAGUCAAGAAGUCACCGGGAGUGGACAUGCAGAAAGUGUCCCUGGUCGUGAUGGUGCGUCCUUCGGUGCCUAAAUGCUGGGUGGAGGGUGGGGAGGCAGUGGGGGAGACUGUCUCCCUGCACUGCAAGUCAUCCGAGGGGUCCUCUCCCCUCAACUACGCAUGGAAGAGAGAAAGAGGAGGUCCCAUCCCACCCUCAACCACACAGAACCGUGUGACUGGGGAGUUGUUGAUCAGCAAUCACUCUGAGAGCUUUGUGGGGAUUUACAUGUGUGAGGUGACCAAUGCUGUGGGGGACGAGAGGUGCAGAGUCAAACUGACAGCUAACAAACCCCCUAACAGAGCAGGAGUGAUAGUGGGUACUGUGGUGGGUUGUCUACUGCUCAUCAUCAUUCUGGCGAUACUCAUAUGGCUCCUCAUCUACAAGUGUGAUGCAAGGUUCACACGCUAUGAGAAGGAAGUGUCUAACGAUAUCAGGGAGGACGUCCCGGCCCCAGAGAGCCGGCCACACAGCCGAGGCAGCAGCCGGGGCGCAAGCCUCCACCCUGGGGUAGCCUACAGCCAGGUGGGAAUGCAACAGACGGGGCACUCAGAUCGAGGACACACACACAUCCCAUCCAGCAGCACUGGAUACACACCUGUCAAAUAUGACAGCAGAUACGGCUUCGCUGUGUGAUCGGAGAGAAAGAUGAUAACAAUCGUGUUUUGCAGGGUGAAAUUAGGUACAUUCCCUAUUGUGACUUUGAAAGGCAUUUCAUCGGUGGGUUUUAAUCAUAUAAAAGACCAUGAGAAUUAAUUUGAAAUUAAUACUGUUGAUAGAUGUUGCUUUGGCAUUGGAAUAAGAUAACAAGCAAAUACUACAAAGGAAGCAGAACACACAGAGUUCUUUAUUCUCCAAAUAAUUUUUCUAAGUCAUAAUAUCAAAGCCACAGUCUACGAUUUCCAGUGAUUAAUUUUCAUGUAAUAAAAUAUACCAUUUGAUUUAGCAUAAUAUUAUAAUACAUUAAUGAGAUUGGGAUAACAUUACCUUAUCAUAAAAAAUGUUUUAAGUACCUAUUACUCAAUUUGCUCCUUUUUAAAAAAAUGUAUGUUUCACUAGUUUUGUGCACUAGUUUUACAAUAUAUUUUAAAGGUUUAAAUGUUGUCCUUGUAGUAGUUCUUUACUAUAUGUAUGUUUCAUUUAAAUAAAUGUCUCAUAAAAGUCCAUUCUGUAAUCAGUUACCGAAGCUUCUAAGUGAUUCUCACUGUAUUACAAGGGAGUGUAAAUCCACAACUUUAUUAGUCAUCCAAGGUCAUCAUUACAUAGGCUAUAUGAAAGAGUGUACAGAGAUGUAUUACCACCUGAAGGCGUGGGGCAGACUAGUUUUACGUAGCCAACCCAGAUUGGUGGCGUUGCAGUGAAGAUAAAUUCUUAAAAUUCAUUAUUUUACACAAUAUCUUAUCACAGCACUGGCAAAACAUGGUUGAUUAACUCCCUGACCAAAAUGGCUGAUAUUUAGACCAUCAUAAUCUGUAAAUGUCCAUUCUAGUAUUCUAUUGUUUUAUAGCUCAUUCUCAUGUUAUCUUACACAUUUUGCCACAUUUUGGCAAAGAUGACUGAACUAAACAACUAGCACUCACUUGUCAUCAUGAAGUGCUUUGAGAGACUAGUCAAGGAUCAUAUCACCUCCACCUUACC